AUUUCUACUCCAAAAAUCAUAAUUACUCUCUGGUUCUUUCAAUUAUACACACUAUACUAUACACUGUACAUAAGCAGACACUCGGACACUCGGGCACACACACACACACACUACAGACAGACACUAUACAGUCAGCCAGUCAGACACUAGACUAUAUUACUUACAGACCCCAAUUCCAAUAAGCCAGUAACAACACAACACAACACAACACAACACAAUAAUGAUACUCUCAACUAUCGUCGAUAGUGCAGCAAAGGUGCUGCUGGAAGAAGCCCAGGCACUGAUGGCUGCUGCUGCCCGCCUGCAAUCAAACACAACGACCCGCGACGGCUACGAACAGGCCAUCAUCCACCUGUUUCGGGCCAUCGACAGAGGCGGCAAGGUAGUUGUGACGGGUGUGGGCAAGUCUGGUAAGAUUGGUGAGAAAAUGGUGGCCACUAUGCUCUCGACCGGAACACCUGCAGCGUUUUUACAUCCGGUCGAGGCUCUGCACGGCGAUCUCGGCGUAGUCCACCCAAACGACUGUGUCCUGGCCCUGUCAUACUCUGGAAACACCGAGGAAUUGCUGAUGCUUGUGCCGAGUCUGAAGCGACGCCAGGUUCCUGUGGUAGGGCUUGGGGGUAAUCCAAAGAGCAAGCUGGCCAAAGAGUGUGUAGCCUGGAUUGAUGGCCACGUCACACAUGAGGCCGGCGGAGACGACUUGCCCGCACCAACAACAUCGACCACUCUUGCGCUGGCGCUUGGAGAUGCGGUUGCACUGUCAUUGGCUGGGCUGAGAUCUUUUGGAACCGACGCAUUCGCACUCAACCACCCCGGAGGAUCGCUUGGACGCCGUCUGCUGCUCAAGGUCGAAGAUGCAAUGCACGUCGCCGACAAGGUGGCCUGUGUGUCGGUCGAUGCACCUCUGGACAUUGUGAUUAUGCAGAUGACGCGACACCCAAAAGGCUGUGGUGUGAUUGUAUUAGAAAACGACAUCAAAAACUCAUGUCUAUCCAACAACAAACCGAUUGGCCCGAGUGUAGAUAAUGCGGACGUUUUGGACUCUCUGUUGCCUUCACCACCAUCAUCAUCUGUGGCAUCGUCUGUGGCAUCAUCUGUGACCGAGGAUGAGGCUGUGUGUGAGGUACCGCCAGCCCGUGUAAAUGUGCUUGGUGUCAUAACCCACGAUGAUAUCCACCGCAUUCUGCGAGCACGGGUAGGGAUCUUUGACAUCAAGGCCGUCGAUAUCAUGACCCGAUCUCCGGUUGUGUGCGGUGCUGAUACUCUUGCGUCUGAAGCCAUGCGGGUCAUGGUUGAGCAUCCAGAUUAUGAGCUUCCUCUCUUACCUGUUGUUGAUCGAGAGCAUGGGUUCAGAGGAGUUGUCACUCUAAAGGAUCUUCAGGAACUCUUUUAAUUUUAAUUUUUUUUUUUUUUGCUUUUUAUUUUAUUUUCUUACUUAUUUAUUUAUUUAUUAAUUAAUUUUCUUUACUUUACAUAGUCUUUACAUCCCUACUCUUUAUCUACCUAUCUACCUAUCUACCUAUCUACCUAUCUACCCUUCUACCCUUCUACCCUUACCUAUCUAUCUAUUUAUCUGCUUAUCACUCUACCUACUUUUACCUAUCAAACUGUCUAACUGUCUACAUAUCUCUCUGUCGAACGUACUGUUUACCUAUAUAUCUAUUAUUUUAUCACUUUGCCUUUUCUUCUACAAUUCAUUCAAUUUUGUUGAGUAUUAAGGAUCAAAAAUAAAAAUAAAAAUUAAAAAUAUUUCACAAACAC